AUGCAAUCUUUAAACGUUAGCCGCCCCAGCAGGCAACUGAACGGAAUGCGAUGGAGAGGCACCUCAGAUAACAUGAAAAUAGUUUUGUCAUUUAAGCUGCCAACUCCCUGGGCGCGAGAAACAGAAACCUCUAUUGCGACCUUGCUAUUUCUUCUUUACCUCAUAUUUCAUUCAAUCAUUCGAUCUUUCUUUCUUUCUUUCUUUCUUUCUUUCUUUCUUUCUUUCUUUCUUUCUUAUCAUAGCUAUAAUUUUCCGCCUUUCUCUACUUUUGAUUUUCCUAUUUUUCUUCCUUUUUCGUCUGUCUUUUCUUCUUGUCUAUCUUUCUUCUAUUUCUUUUACUCUUGCAUUUAUUUUUUUAUUUUCGAUCCUGUUUUCUUCUUCAUUUUUUAUUUUUGUUUUGCCCUGUUUUCUUGUUUCUCUCUUCUCCUAUCACUUCGUUUGUCGUUAAAUCACUCUCUCUCUCUGUCUCUCUCUCUCUAUGUAUCUCUCUCUCUCUAUGUCUCUCUCUCUCUAUCUCCCUUUUUUGUUUAUUUCUUAUGUUUCAUCAGUGAUUGUUUUGUUCCUCUUCAUUUCAUCUUUUUUCAUUUUUCACUCUUUAUUUUAAUGCUUUCUUUUUUUCUCCUAUUCUUCUUUUCGUCGCCAGAUUUUCGAAUUCUUUCCUUUUUCAAAACCUUUUUUUCUCUUUUCAACUUAUCAUUUCUGUAUUUCGUUCGCAGAUUUUUCGUCAUUUCAAAUCUUAUUUUCUUUUUUUCAAUCGCUUUUUCUCGUUCUUCUUUACAUUCAUCUAUCUAUCUAUCUAUCUAUCUAUCUAUCUAUCUAUCUAUCUAUAUAAUUCUUUCUGCUUUUAAAAAUUCUUUUCUGUUUUCAAACAUUUCUUCUUUUCCACCUUGCAUUACCAGAUUCUUACCUAUCUUGGAACUUUCUAUUUUCAACAUUUUCGUUUUUCUUUCUUAUUUUACCAAAUUCUUUUCCUUGACUUAA